UAAACAACUUACAAAGUACACUUGAAUCAAAACAUAAGACACGACAUUAUCCUCUGAAAUCAGUCUCCAGGUUUCAUAUUCUCAAUGUCCUCCACGGAUUGUUUAAGCCACUUCUUUAAUUGGGAUCCUCCUAUCCAGCUCCGGGAUUGCUUUAUUCCAGAUAUGGAUAUGAUUACCCCGGAAACCGACAGUUUAUUCUUCCAAUCUCAACCGCCAAUGCAGUUUCAUCAGCCAUUGUUUCAAGAAGAAGCUCCUUCACAGAACCUUAUAGAGCUCACUGACUUGGACUCUUUCUGUGAUCAGUUUCUUCCUCUCCAAGAAACAUAUCUUCCCUACCCUAAAGCUGAAAUCUUCGAUGAAACAUACAACUUUGAUUCCUUCCUUCCCACGCCAAAACGCCAGAAAAUUGUUAACUCAAGCUACCACUGUAACACUCACACCCAUUUCCCAAACUCUAACCUUGAUUUCCUUCCAGAAGCUUCCGUCUUCCCUGAGUUUCGAGUUCCGGACUUCCCCUUGGUGUUCAAGGCAGGUCUAGGAGAUCAAGACGGGGCCAAGAAACCAAAGCUUUCAUCUCAGAGCAUGGCGGCUCGAGAGAGGAGACGAAGAAUCGCUGAGAAGACCCACGAGCUCACGAAACUAAUCCCCGGUGGACAGAAACUUAACACCGCCGAGAUGUUCCAAGCCGCGGCGAAGUAUGUCAAGUUCUUGCAAAGCCAAGUUGGCAUCCUCCAAAUGAUGCAAACCACAAAGAAGACGCAGGGUAUCACUGAUGUGGAAAUAGAAACUCAGUUUUUGCUUGAGUCGCAAGCAGUCCAGGAGAAGCUAUCAACGAAGGAAUUAUGUUUAGUUCCGUGUGAAAUGGUUCGAGAUCUAACAAGUGAAGAAUCCAUUUGGAGAAACCCAAAGAUUUCUCGAGAGAUCAACAAGUUACUGUCCACAGAUCUGGCUAACUAGUUUUAGUUCUAAGCAUGAAGCUUUGAUUUGUGUCUGUUCUUGCUUGUUUGUGUUCUUAGUUUGUGUUUUGUAUUGUUGAUU